AUGUCUACAACAAGGUCUUUAAACUUUGUUACAGGAAAACAGUUAGACAGGUAUCUGAUAGAACAAGGAUAUGCAGCGAAGGAGGAAGAUGCAAAGAAGAGCCAGGCUGAGUGUGAUAUCAAUACCAUUUUGAACACGGCUUUAGAAAACUAUAAAAGCAACGUCCGUGAAAGGAAUGAGAACAACCAAAGUCCGGUUCCUGAGCCAAUUACCCUUUGCAUUGAUGAAACGUUUGUUUCUGUUGUUACACACGUGACUUCGCCGGAUGAUUUCAUCCUUCAGCAGCUACAGAAUGCACGUUUAAUCCAGGAACUGCAGGCAGGCCUAAGAGAACAUUGUCUGCAAACAUCUGCUUCUGUGGAUUUCAGGCCUGCUCGAGGAACCACUUGCUGUUCACAGUUUACAGAGGACAACCAGUGGUACAGGGCCACUGUUUUAAGCUACACCUCGAAGGACAGGGUUUGCGUGGGAUACAUUGAUUUUGGAAAUUGUGAAGAGCUGAGUGUGGAUCGGAUUCGUCCAGUCUCUGAAAAGUUUUUGCAGUUACCUAUGCAGGCAAUCCCUUGUGCGCUGCUGGUAUUGCUGAACUGCUACAUGCAAAAGGAUACGCUUCUGAAGAAACUUGUGAGCAGUAAAUUUCUUCAAGCCAAAGUGGUGGGCCGGAAAGAAAGAAAAGCGCUGGUUGAGCUGUGUGAUGAGCACAGUGAUCCACAAGCUGGUAUUGCUGAACUGCUCAUAGCAACAGGAUACGCUUCUGCUGCCGACGAGGAGGAGGAGGAGAGUAAAAAACACAAAGCUGAUUCAGUUGUGAAAUCUAAAGACCCUGCUUCCACUGUGCCGUUACCAGAGAAACUGGAUUGGACUAGUGCUGGAUUACCUGAUAACCAAGCUGUGGAUGUGGCAGUCAGUGUAUUGCACAGCCCAGGGGAGUUCUACUGCCAGCGCUGCAUUGCUAGAGAUCUGCAGGCGCUGAAUGAGUUGACUGUGGAGUUAUCACGGUACUGCCGUGCAGAGAGCAAGCUAUUCACACCUGCUGUCGGAGAACCUUGCUGUGCCGUUUUCCCAGGUGAUGGUAACUGGUACCGUGCAAUGGUAAAGGAAGUUGCCUCUAAUGGGAAGGCAAAGGUUUACUUUGUGGAUUAUGGAAACAUAUGUGAGUUAGCAGCUGACCAGCUUCGUCCCAUUGUUGCGAAAUAUUUGAAGCAUCCGUUUCAAGCAGUCAAGUGCUGGCUAGCAGGUAUUAAACCUGUACAAAAAGACUGGACCAAGGAUGCGAUUGCGAGGUUCCAAGCCCUCACAAGGGGGACUCAGCCUAAAGUUCAAGUGGUGUCCAAGAACAAUAGCGGAUUUGGCAUUGAGAUGAGGUGGAAGGAGCAGAGCAUUGCCAGCAUACUGGUCUCUGAAAAGCUGGCUGUUGCAGAGAAUGCCAACAUUGCUGUAACACCAGUGGCUGCACCACCAGCUACUCCUCACACAGGCGGUUCGUUUCCUCAUCGGUGGAAGACGGCUGAACUACCUCGUAACGAAACUUUUCAACUGCACAUUGCAGAAGUGAUGAACCCCAGCUUGUUCUUCGCAAUGAACAUUGACAGUCAAGUGGAUAUGCAGAAGUUACAACCCCUUAUGGUCGAACUGGCUGAAUACUGCAGCAGCCAGAGCCAACAUGCAGAACUGAAACCAAAGGCAGGAGUGGCCUGCUGUGCCAGGUUUUCAG